UACAUUUUGUAAUAUGAUUACAGUUUAUAAAAAUGAUUAGAAUGAAUACUUCGAUAAUUAUAGUACGAUUGUUGAUUUGUACGGUGAUGUUCGUACCACCAUGUUGCAGAGGAUUCAAAGAUCGUCGUAUUCCUAAUGUUUAUGAACAAGGUUUGGUAAUAAAUUCGACAAACUGGUACUUACAACUCGAUAUCUCCGAUGUAAACGACGAAAUUCAAAAAGCUGUUGAAAGAAUUGAAAACCGGUAUCGUUCCGAGGAUAUUAUACUAUCGAAUGUUAGUCGUUUGACAAUUGGAAGCACGGUUCAUGGACAACUGAUCGAUUCCAUGCCUUCCAAAGACGGACAUUCAGAAUCUCGAAAUGCUGAAAUUAUAUUGGAAGUUACUCGAAGUUUGAAGAAUACAUAUUGUCUGAAACACGGGUUAAGUGAUAUACAAUGUGCCAAAGAUUUAACGAAGGUGAAUCUGACUGGGACAAAAUUGAGUGAGAUGUGUAUGCCCGAGUAUUACAACAACAAUUCGUGCAUCGGGUACGAGUACGACUAUCGUAGUUUUGACGGAUCUUGUAAUAACCUGAAACGUAAAUAUUUGGGAAAGGCAAACACACCUUAUAAACGUUUGCUGUUUCCAGCCUACAGAGAUGGUGUUUAUGAAAUGCCAAAUACUUACGAAGAAAUGCUACCUAAUCCUAGAACAGUGAGCACAAAUUUUGUAAAAGACGAGAACUCAUCUGACUCUACAAAAACGAUGAUGAUGGCGUACUGGGCGAUGUUCAUAGGCCACGAUCUAUCACACACGGCAGUUUCUACCAUGGGGAAAGAGAAGAGAUUUGUAAAUUGUUGUGAUAAGGACAAAAGUAUUCAAUCUUCUCUGAACAAAAACAUUAGGUCCUGCAAGCCCAUAUUUAUACCGAAUGAAGAUAGGUUUUUUAAAACGGAUCAGUUUGAUUGCAUGAACUACGUGCGUUCGCGGCCAGCGGUGCGUUCUGAUUGUACAUUUGGACCCAUGGAACAAAUGAAUCAAGCUACCCAUUAUUUAGACGCAUCGAUGAUAUAUGGUACGACGGAACAACAUAUGUUGUCGUUGAGACAAAUGGGGUACGGCCAAGUGUGGGUAGAAGGCCCAAAUAACUAUCCGGUACACAAUAACAUCACUCUGGAAAACACCGAUACCAACGUUUGUCAGAAUGGCUCCGGGACGUGUUAUAUGUUUGGCGACAUUCGAGGAAACGCCUUCCCUCAACUUAGUGUCUUGUACAACCUGUGGAUGAAAGAACACAACCGGUUAGCCUAUGAACUGUCUCGAGAAAAACCUAACUGGAAUGACGAUCAACUUUUCUGGGAGGCCAGGAAAAUCGUGACGGCGUGCAUUCAGCACAUCACGUACAACGAAUGGCUGCCGGCACUGCUUGGCGUUAACUACACCAAGGAAAACGGUUUGGGACUGGGAGAUAGAACCACGUAUGACGAGAAUGCCGACCCGACAGUUAGCAACAGCUUCGCGACCGCGAUACUGCCGUUUGCCAAUUCCAUGAUCACCGAUUUAAUUAGUUUUUACAUGACAGAUCAUCGCAAAUUGGUUUUUUCCACGGAGCCUAGUGAAGGGCGGCCCUACUUUCGCUACAAAACCUUAAAGGGAAGUUACAACCGACCGCUUGAGUUGGACCGAUUAUUUAGAGCGAUUCUAAAAGGACUAACUGUGCAGCCUACACAAAAAGUUGACAUGCUGUUUACACAAACAAUAACAAAUUACUUGUAUAGUAUUGAUCCAAAUAAUUCGUUUGGAAUGGACAUCCUUAGCUUGAAUAUACAACGAAGCCGCGAUCACGGUAUUCCAAGCUACACGCAAUUUAGAAAAUAUUGUGGACUCAAAGACAUAGAAAACAUGCAAGAUUUGUCUGAAAUAAUGGUGGAAGGUUCAGCUGAUAGAUUAUUGAAGCUAUACAAAACUUGGAAUGAUAUAGAUCUAUUGGUUGGUGCAUUGUUGGAAAAACACGUUGACGACGCAAUGGUUGGCCCUACGAUGAGAUGUAUCAUCAGGGAACAAUUUGUGAGAACAAGAAUUGCAGAUAGAUAUUUUUAUGACGUACCAGGAGUAUUCUCUGAUUAUCAACUUGAAGAUAUCCAACGAGUGACGCUUGCCAGAAUUAUAUGUAAUCACCAAUUUCCGCCAAAUAACGGAUUGACAACACUUAAAGUCUUUUUGAGACCUGAGAUAUUUAAUGGUUCAACACUUCAUCGCUGUCAUCCGAUAUUAAUUCCGGAAAUUAACACGUGGAGUUGGUUUGAUACUUUUGAGUAACAAUAAAAAAAACUAAGUAUUUUUUAUAAGAAAAUAA